AUGUCGAAGGCUAGAGGCUCCAGAUCGGUGGUUUCAGUUGAAUUUGAUACGGCAUCUCCGAGCAAAAUAUUGUCUUCUUGCUCAGCUAUUUCUGAGAAUAUUAUCAACGUUGUCGUUAGCGUCAAGAAACACACUCCGCUCAUCGAUAUGAAACCUGUGAAAAAUGAUUUGAAGUGUCUCUGUUCUGUCGACAAGCCAAUAGAAACAAGCCAAAAUUUAAUUGGUGACCAAGAUCCGAUUCCUAAGGAAAAUAUCGGAGACUCGAUUUUGAAUGCAUUAAAAUCUAAGCCGAAUUUCAUCGGACAGGUGAAUGCGGAGACGAAGGAACAAAUUACGUUCCAACAGAUGAGAGAGAAUAGCGUGAAGUGUGCAUUAUGGCUAAAAAAAGUAGGCGUAAAGAAAGGCGACGUAGUAACAAUAUGCACGCGCAAUCCAUCGGUCGUCUAUAUGCCGUUUCUAGCGAGCAUAUAUAUCGGCGCUAUUGUUAAUCCGUGGGAGGAGAAGUAUUUCAGAGACAUGAUACGAGUUAUGUACUUUCUGGUGAUAAAUGAACCAGAUGUGAUCUUUGUCGAUCGCGACAAUUUUACUCAGCUUCUCUUAUCCAUAGUGAUCUUAAAAAGUAUUAAAAAGGUAAUUAAAAUCGUAACCAUCGGUAAGAUUAACAUUUCAAUAAGGUUAAACUCCCUGGAAACUAUUCUAAACGACGACUUUGAUAAGACCGAGAUCGACCAAUUUUCCUGCGAGAAGAACCAUAUGAUGGAUACUGCGAUUAGGACAUUUUCUUCCGUUGCGAAAACUUAUCCCGGUCAGGUGGACGUUCCUUACAUAGCGUUUUCAUCUCCGUCAAACAAGCAGACACCCGUUAUGAUUCCCGGUGCUAUCGGUCUAUGGUACGGAUCUUUAUGUUGGACUCACGGUCCGCUCUUGACCGUUCAUGCUAUACUUUCACGUGUGACAGCGAUAAAAUCUGCGGUACUCAGUGAAGUUAAUUUGUAUAAGACGAUAAAGAAGUAUAAGGUAAACCAGAAAUUGGCGUAA